AUGAUCACGGGAGACAAUGUUUUCACUGCAAAAACAAUUGCCAUUGAAUGCGGGAUACUAAGGCCUGACCAGGACACAGAUGGAGCAGUGGUUGAGGGUGAAGAGUUCCGAAACUACACCCAAGCAGAGCGGAUAAAGAAACUUGAUACAAUUUGUUUGAUGGCAAGAUCUUCACCUUUGGACAAGCUUCUAUUGGUAAAAUGCCUCAAACAAAAGGGACACGUGGUUGCAGUUACUGGAGACGGGACCAAUGAUGCACCUGCACUAAAAGAAGCCGAUAUUGGACUAUCAAUGGGAAUCCAGGGCACUGAAGUUGCAAAACAGAGUUCAGAUAUCAUUAUGUUGGAUGAUAGUUUUGCAUCUGUCGUCGCUGUUCUGAAAUUAGGAAGAAAUGUUUAUACCAACAUUCAGAAGUUCCUUCAGUUUCAACUGACAAUAAAUGUGGCAAAUCUCGUAAUCAACUUUGUGGUAGAUAUAUCAAUCGGAGAAACACCCUUAACAUUCGUCCAGUUAGUUUGGAUCAAUUUUGUUAUGGAAUUGCUGGGAGCCCUUGCCCUUGCUGCUGAACAUCCAGGCAAGGAGAUUCUGGACAUGCAGCCCGUGAGUCGCGAGGAGCCAAUGAUUUCAAAUAUAAUGUGGAGGAACCUGAUAGCCCAAGCGUUGUUUCAGAGUAUAGUUUUCUUGACAUUGCAGUUUGGAGGGAAAAAAAUCUACAAAGUUGAUGAAAGCAUAAAAGUUACUAUGCUUUUUAAUAUCUUUGUGCUUUGCCAGGUUUUCAAUCUGUUCAAUGCAAGGAAGCUGGAAAACAAGAAUAUUUUCGAGGGAAUACACAAGAACAAGAUGUUUCUCGGAAUCACUGGGAUCAUAAUGCUCAUCCAAGUUGUGAUGGUGGAAUUCCUAAACAACUUUACAGGUACAAAGAAGCUAAAUUUGGGGAAAUGGGGAGAAUGUAUUGGUAUAGCCAUUCUAUCCUGGCCUAUUGGUAUCCUGGUAAAGUACAUACCUGUUCCACACAUAACCAUCUUUGAGCAUUCCCAAGACGAAGAAGUUGGGGAAGAACUUGAUAAACUUGGGGAAGAACUUGAUGAUCUCGGGGAAGAUAUCGAUGUACUUGGAGAAGUACUUGAAGGACUAAUAAAUUAAUAUCUUGGAGUCGUUAAAGGUUGGUGUUUCUUUCUGGUUUAUUAGUGUUUGGUUUUCUUUUCUUGCUUAAACUUUUUGAAAGUCUUUUAUUUGUUCUCACUUCUCAGUUCUACUACACGCUGGACUAUCCCUACCAAUGCUAGUAAAAAUCAGUUAUAUAUAAUUUUCUC